UAGGAACGAACAGGAAGUUUAAAGGCAGACUUAGCAUCGGGAAACAUCCAAGUUAAGGAGAUUGUUAAUCGUUUAAACAUUUUAUUCUGUGAUUACCGCAAAAAACAGAAUUGUAUUGUUUUACAUAAACGUACAGCUACACGUAACAGUAUCUUUUAGCUGGUUUUGACCGUUCAAAGUGUUUCUUCAGUCAAAGUUAGCCGCACAGCUAAUGCUGUGCUUGCCUGCCGCUGAGUGAAAAUGUUCAAAGCAAAAAUUCUCUUUAUUGGUCCCAGUGAGAGUGGGAAAACAGUUCUUGCAAAUGUUCUUUCUGACACGACCGAAAAUGUGGGAGGUGAAUACAGACCUACUGAGGGAGUCAGGAUACUGGAAUUUGAAUCACAACCCGAAGGCAGUGGUGACAACAAGACAUGCGAGGUUGAACUUUGGGACUGUUCUGGAGAUUUCAAAUUUGAAUCAUGCUGGCCUGCGUUCAUGAAGGACUCCUGUGGUGUUGUGAUCAUUUUUAAUCCUGAUGUUCCGACUCACCUCAAAGAGAUAGAGACGUGGUAUUCCAUGUUCAUCUCCUCUCAGGGUCUGCUGGACAAUCAGUGCCUACUCAUUGCUCACCACAAACCUGGCAGCGAAGUAGAAGACAAACGUUUGCCUUUAGCCUCUCAUCUGAGCAGACUGCCGCUUAUUCACUCCAACGUGGAGGAGGAGCCAGAGGAUGUGAGGCAAAGUUUCUGCAGAUACUUGGGAAACGUUGUAAAUACAAUGUCAGAGAGUCGAGAGCGAGAGGAGAUGUCGAUCAUUACAUAGCAACUACGUCUUUUAUAUAAUUUACUGCUAAAUGAACAGAAAUGUCUGCAUUUGCACUCUAAAUUACCUUCUUGGACACUUUUAAUUUUCAAGUUAUUCAUGAAAUAUUUUAAUAUUAUUACUAACUGUGCAUGAAACCUCUCAAGUCUUUGUCACUUUGAGCUAUAGCAUCUUUCAAGUAGACAUUAUUGUUCAUUUAUUGUCUUUGGUGAAUAAAAUAUAGUUUUUCUCAAUCUGGGAAUAAAUAUUUAAGAAUGACAACCUAUACGUAUGACCAUAUACACGUGUUGAUUUACAAAACACUUGAAAAGGUUAUAAUUAGAAGGUGCAAAGGGGAAAAAAAUAUCCAGUAUUGAAAUAUAUCCAUUAAUGCCUCCUUUGCCAAUGAAUGUUCCAGUGCAUUUCCAUCAAGAUCUCUUUCAGAUGAGGAAACUGCUUUAAUAAUAAGUGAGUUGUGAUAAUUUAUAUUUAAAUGAUGACAAGAAUAUGAAAAAUUAAUUGCAGAGAUUAAGGAGUGUUCCCUGCAUAUGCAUACAAAUACACACUACCAGUCAUGCGAUACACACUGACACACAACCACACUUCUUUCAUUGUGUAUGAAGUGUAAUUGAUAACGUUUGAAGCAUGACAUCUGCACUUUCCAAAUCAAUCUUCUUAGUGUGAUUUCAAUGAACUUGUUUUUAGAACUAUAUAAGACAGUGUUUAUGCUUCAUUAGCAAUCAUUAGUUACUUCCCUGAUGCUCAUAGU